CGCGGCUGCUGCAGGAGGCGGCGCUGGCUGGCGGCUGCGCUCGCUCCAGUCGGCGAGCGGAGCAGCGAGCGAGCGUGUGUGUGUUUUUUAAAGAUGGCCGGAGCGGCGGCGGCGGUGGCCGCGGGAGCAGCAGCUGGAGCCGCCGCGGCAGCCGUGUCGGUGGCGGCUCUGGGCCGGGCCUCGGCGCCUCCGCCGCCCCCGCCCGUGUACUGUGUGUGCCGGCAGCCGUACGACGUGAACCGCUUCAUGAUCGAGUGCGAUAUCUGCAAGGACUGGUUCCACGGCAGCUGUGUUGGAGUAGAAGAACAUCAUGCUGUUGACAUUGACCUGUAUCACUGUCCCAACUGUGCAGUUUUACACGGUUCCUCCUUGAUGAAAAAGAGGAGGAACUGGCACAGGCAUGACUACACAGAAAUUGAUGAUGGUUCCAAACCAGUGCAAGCUGGAACUAGAACUUUCAUUAAGGAAUUACGCUCUCGAGUCUUCCCAAGUGCCGAUGAAAUAAUUGUAAAGAUGCAUGGCAGCCAGCUGACACAAAGAUAUCUGGAGAAACAUGGAUUUGAUGUCCCUAUUAUGGUCCCUAAAUUAGAUGAUCUAGGACUCAGGCUCCCUCCACCUACAUUUUCUGUGAUGGAUGUGGAACGUUAUGUAGGUGGUGACAAAGUGAUAGAUGUCAUUGAUGUGGCGAGACAGGCAGACAGCAAGAUGACACUUCACAAUUAUGUUAAAUACUUCAUGAAUCCUAACAGACCAAAAGUGUUAAAUGUGAUCAGCCUUGAAUUUUCAGAUACAAAGAUGUCUGAAUUGGUGGAGGUCCCUGAUAUAGCCAAAAAACUUUCCUGGGUAGAAAAUUAUUGGCCAGAUGAUUCAGUCUUUCCCAAGCCGUUUGUUCAGAAAUAUUGCUUAAUGGGAGUUCAAGACAGCUAUACAGAUUUCCACAUUGACUUCGGUGGAACUUCAGUCUGGUACCAUGUCCUCUGGGGUGAGAAGAUUUUUUAUUUAAUAAAGCCAGCAGAUGAAAAUUUGGCACGUUAUGAAUCUUGGAGUUCAUCUGUGACCCAGAGUGAGGUGUUCUUUGGAGAUAAGGUGGAUAAAUGCUACAAAUGUGUCGUAAAGCAGGGACAUACCUUAUUUGUUCCUACAGGGUGGAUCCAUGCUGUGCUCACUUCUCAGGACUGUAUGGCUUUUGGGGGGAACUUCCUACACAACCUUAACAUUGGCAUGCAGCUCAGGUGUUACGAGAUGGAGAAAAGGCUAAAAACACCAGAUCUUUUCAAAUUCCCUUUCUUUGAAGCCAUAUGUUGGUUCGUAGCCAAAAACUUGCUGGAAACCCUGAAAGAACUGAGAGAAGAUGGUUUCCAGCCUCAAGCUUACCUAGUACAGGGAGUGAAAGCACUGCAUACUGCUUUAAAAUUAUGGAUGAAAAAAGAACUUGUAUCUGAACAUGCCUUUGAAAUUCCAGACAAUGUUAGACCUGGACACCUUAUUAAAGAACUUUCUAAAGUAAUUCGAGCAAUAGAGGAGGAAAACGGCAAACCAGUUAAAUCUCAGGGAAUUCCUACUGUGUGUCCAGUUUCACGAUCCUCAAAUGAAGCAACUUCCCCAUACCAUUCCCGAAGAAAGAUGAGGAAACUUCGAGAUCAUAAUGUCCGAACUCCUUCUAACCUAGACAUCCUAGAGCUCCACACAAGGGAGGUCCUCAAAAGAUUAGAGAUGUGUCCAUGGGAAGAGGACAUCUUGAGCUCUAAACUGAAUGGAAAAUUCAACAAACAUCUCCAACCAUCUUCCACGGUACCUGAAUGGAGAGCGAAAGAUAAUGAUCUACGAUUACUGCUGACAAAUGGAAGAAUAAUUAAAGAUGAAAGACAGCCCUUUGCAGAUCAGAGUCUUUAUACAGCAGAUAGUGAAAAUGAAGAGGAUAAAAGAAGGACAAAAAAGGCAAAAAUGAAGAUAGAAGAGCGUUCAAGAAUAGAGGGAGUAGAAAAUGAAGAAUCUCAAAAACCACUGAACAGGUUUUUUACACGUGUGAAAUCAGAACUCAGGAGUAGAUCAUCCGGAUAUUCUGAUAUUUCUGAGUCAGAAGACUCUGGACCCGAGUGCACUGCACUGAAAAAUAACUUUACCACUGAAGAGUCUGAAAGUUCAGGUGAUGAAAAGAAACAAGAAAUAACAUCCAACUUUAAGGAGGAAUCUAAUGUGAUGAGGAACUUCCUUCAAAAGAGCCAGAAGCCAUCUAGAAGUGAAAUUCCAAUUAAAAGGGAAUGUCCUACCUCGACGAGCACAGAGGAAGAAGCUAUUCAGGGCAUGCUGUCUAUGGCAGGGUUGCACUAUUCCACUUGUUUACAAAGGCAGAUACAAAGCACAGACUGCAGUGGUGAAAGAAACUCUCUCCAGGAUCCCAGCAGCUGCCAUAGCAGUAACCCUGAGGUUAGGCAGUUGUAUCGCUAUCAUAAACCAGUGGAAUGUGGAUACCAUGUCAAGACUGAAGAUCCAGACUUGAGGACUUCCUCCUGGAUUAAACAGUUUGAUACUUCCAGAUUUAAUCCUCAGGAUCUAAGUAGAAGCCAGAAAUGCAUCAAAAAGGAAGGUUCAUCAGAAAUUAGUCAGAGGGUACAAAGUAGGAAUUAUGUGGACAGCAGCGGCUCAAGCCUUCAGAAUGGAAAGUAUAUGCAGAAUUCAAACCUGACUUCGGGAACAUGCCAGCUAAGUAAUGGCAGUCUAAGCCCAGAAAGGCCAGUUAGUGAAACUUCCUUCUCCGUGCCCCUUCACCCCACCAAGAGACCGGCAUCAAAUCCACCACCUAUCAGCAACCAAGCAACAAAAGGUAAACGUCCAAAAAAAGGAAUGGCAACAGCCAAACAACGUCUUGGGAAGAUCCUUAAGUUGAACAGAAAUGGCCAUGCACGUUUCUUUGUGUGACAGAGCUGCCGUUGCAGCCAUUCUUCCCUUUGGAGACCAGUCUAGGGGUGCAGGAGCCUGGAGCUUCCGCUGUCCCCUUGCCUGGAGCAGUUUGUGUGUAUAGUAAGAACACUGCCCGAAGAACAGAAUGAACCCGAUGCUGCAUUUUCACUGUGCCACACCCACUCAGCAAUAACCAUUUUGGACCUGGUGGGGGAGAGGAGGAAGGAGGGUAGAACCUUAAAAAGAGACCUCGAACUGGAAAGGGUCUCUUGUCAGGGCUUGAAUUUUAUUUUGUUGUUGGUAGUGUCUUGAUGUAUUUUCAGUGGUAGGGUAAAGAAUUAUCAAUAAUUUAUUUAACAGAUUUUUUUUUAAAGUUAACAGCUUUUAAAUUCUUUUUUUAAAGCUAUUUAUUUGGAAGAUUUCUGGAGAAAUAUCUCACUAAUUUAGAUGUAAGAAUGUGAAGGUUUUUAAAUUAUUUUUGAUAGUGUGUGUGUUACAUGUGGGGAAGAGCCACGGUAACAGUAACUAGUCUGGACUCUUAAAUUUGAUAUUCAGGUUAAAGUCUUAAACAGGGAUUUGAUGCAUUAAUUAUUUUAAAUUAAGAUGUAUAUGAAAAUCAUUUUAUUUUAUAUAUUUCAUGUGUUUUUUAUAAGCUAUUAGCUUCGCUUUUGCUAACAUCCAAGGUGCAUACUGUUAUCCAGGUUGAUUACCUUAUAUCCCACCUUCCCUCUGCACUCCCUAUCAUUUUGUGAUGACCCAGUGAGACUCUUCUCUUUGCAGGGAAAUACUUUCUUAGCCAAUGUGUAAGAACUCCAUAAAAGAUCCCUCAUUUCUCAUUUCGUUUGACAUUGUGAUUUUCUUCUCAAUAUUAAAAAAAAUAGGCUUUUGCAUUUUCAUUUCUGCUGAUGAUAUCUGGGUCCCAAAGAGAACAGCUUUAAUAUCUUUUUCCUACUUGUGGGAAAAGUAUUAUAAGUUUGGUUAAAUUGUCAUGUUUAUAGUUUUUCCAAAUACAUUUGUAACUACAACAGGCCUUCUCCGUACUGCUGGUGUUGGACAACAGGACUGACACCUGCUGCGGAGGUUAUAUCUUAUGAUGCUUUUAUUCUCCAUACCUGAUUUGUUGGAAAAUGUUAUUUGACUUAGGAUAUUCAAAUCUGCAUAAUAAGCCGUAAUAUAAUAGGAUUAAUACUACAUUAAGUUGUAUAGAAGCAAGCAUGUUGGAAUAGCUCUUUUGUGUGUAUUUACUUUUUUUAUUUCUUAAUUUUCAAAGAAUUACUUAAGAUAUGGAUUUGGAGUAAAAUAGGUGCUUUUGGCAGUUUCUUCUAUCUAUCCUAACCUGACCAGUGCAUAUUGAGGUUAAGUAUCUGGUUAAACUUUAAGGUAAUCACUUAUUUCCUUUAUGUAUGAUUUUUACUAUGCCAGUUUUCAGUUGCUUUUAGUAGCUUCUAUUUUCCCUUUUUUCCCUCAAUGGCAUAAAAAUAAGUGAUUUCUGGGGAUGAGGCAGAAAUGUUCCCAAGUCUGACAAUAGAGCAUUUUACAAAUUCCUACAAAGAAAAUAUAGACAAAUAGAUAAAAUUUAUUUUUAUGGAGAAGAAGUAUGGCCGUAUUGUGGAUUGUCUUUUUUUACUCAGCAAGAUAGCAGGACUUACCCUUCUCUAUUAAGUAUCACUUGAAUUGCUAAGAAGAAAAAAGUCUGUACCAUCAUCUUUCAUGGUUGCAUUCAAAUGUGUAUUUUCAAAGAGAAAUACUUCUUAGUGUCCCCAUUCCAAAAUGUCAUGGGAUAAAUAUGAAAUAGUUUAUGAAGUAGCCUUUCUGGUUCAGAGUGACUGGACCAAAGUCUGAAUCUUAUCUGGGUAUCAGGAAAAAUAAUUUUUAUGGAAAUCCUCAGUGUCUAUUAACAACCCGUGUAAACCCUGUCUACACUAUGCCAAAACCAGUGGAAAGAUGGGUAGAGUCAUCUUAUCUCAGGAUGUCAAAUAUCUGGGUUUGACUGAUUCUCCUACCUUCCCACACAGUGUAUUCUUGUGAUGUGUUGGUUUUCUGUAGAUCCUGAGUUGGUGUUACAAUAGUCAUGUUUUUAUUUGAGGUUAAGAAAUAAGAGGUAUAAGAGCUAUAAUUUCCUUUUCCUGUUAUAUUAUGAUCUGGGUUUUCUUUUUUCCUUUAUGUUUUUCACAACUCUGAAUAUUUUCAGUUUAUUUAGCCACAAAAAUUAAAAUGAAAAUUUAUUUUUAUGAAUUAAAAUGAAAUUUAAUUUAUUUUUAUGAAUUAAAAUUGUGGCCAGUAUCCACUGUGUCCUUAGGCUGAGAAGUACUAAUUUUGAGUAGCCUGUAUGUGGAAUUCUAAAGUGAAGGUACUGUGGAUUCAUUUUUAGUAGUUUUAGCCCCUUAAGUGUGGCUAGGUUAGAAAACUUUCAGCAAGGUAAUAGAAGCACUUGAAUAGAAUCCAUGUAUCUUUUUCUGAAUUGGUGAAAAUUCAGCCAUUGAUCUGGUGACUCCUAGUCAAACCUCUUAUAACAUUACUGGCCGUGAUGCAUCCCUUUAUCUCAUGGAAAUGACUGAACUUUGUGGUAACUGCUGCCAGUACCUGGGCUUUAUUAACAGUAAUAGAGAACCUCAUUUAUACCAUACAGACACAGCAACUUAGGAAGACAGCAUUGAUAGCAUUUAGCUAGUCGUAAGCAAAUACAAAUAUGUAAAAUUGAAAAUCAUGAUUUAACAUAUGCAACUUUAAUAAUAGUAAUAGAUGAUAAUUUUCCUGUAUUGUUUCAAAUAAGUGACUGUUCAGCUGGGAUCCACUGGAUUAUAAUUCACAAUGUCACAUAAUAUUAUGCUUUUCAAUAUUGAUGAAUGAUGUAAACAAUAUAAAGUUGGCAGUUUGUAGUAGUUCAGUAUCCUAGAAAUACGUUGAACUUCGUAAGUAUCAGUUCAUUUUUAAGCAUACAGAAUUAAAGAUUCUGACUGAACUCAUAAACUCAGAGGAAACAAGCCCAUCUUUAUCACUAAUUACUUAGCUUGAAUACUUUUCUAUUUUUAAAUAAUCCUAAUUAUUGCCUUUUCAAUAUAGUCUACUGUAUUUAUUCAUAUGGGAUCAACAGGUAUUUAUCAAACAUCUACUGUGUGCCCAGCACUACCUAGUACUGUGGGGGAAGAUAAAGUUGCAGUUGUGGUCUCUGCCCUUGAAGGUAUCUUCUCCAGGAAAUUAGCAGUAUUAUUUUCACUUCUAAGCAAAUGUGAGCAAAAGAGGACCCCUGUUCAUUAAAAAACAUCCUGAGGGCUGGGCGCCGUGGCUCAUGUCUGUAAUCCCAACACUUUGGGAGGCCGAGGCAGGCGGAUCACAAGGUCAGGAGUUCAAGACCAGCCUGGCCAAUAUAGUGAAACCCCAUGUCUACUAAAAAUACAAAAAUUAGCUGGGCAUGGUGGCAGGUGCCUGUAAUCCCAGCUACUCGGGAGGCUGAGGCAGGAGAAUCACUUGAACCUGGGAGGCAGAGGUUGCAGUGAGCCGAGAUCGUGCCAUUGCACUCCAGCCUGGGCAACGGAGCGAGACUCUGUCUCAAAAAAAAAAAAAAAAAAAAAAAAUCCUAGCUUUUUUAGUUUCAACUGAGAUAUGCCACUGUAGAAGUGAAAGUAAUUUCACAUUUAAGAAAUGCUUCAACUUGGUAAUUAAUAUGGUCAUACAGGGACUUGGUAUAGCAUGCAAGGAAGCAGAAGACCUGGGCUUUUGUCCAAGUUCUGCCACUUAGUUAUCAGCUGUGUUGUAACCUUGAAUAAGUCACUUACUCUUUCUGACUCUUAGUUUCCUCAUUUGUAAAUUUGGAUUAAAGUGUUUAUUAUGAUAAUCAACUAAGAAAAACAAUCUAUUAACACUUCAUACAUACAGAGAACUUAUCAUUAAGUUAAAACUGGUAAUUAACGAAUGCACCUUUAUAUAUAUUUUUAAAUGAAAACUAAUACUAUUCAUGGUGUUUAUUUUAUAUCAAAUAUAUGCCUAGAGGCAUGCUACUUUAAAAAUCCGAGGAAUCUCCAACAAGGUGCUGGAUUAAAAUCAGAAUUCGUGCUUGAAGUGGAAGAAAAAUGAGGUUGUUUAUGGAUAAGAGAGUGACAAUGUGUAUCCUCAAGUACGUUAAGAUGAUUUAACUGAAAGAUGGCUUUAGGUUUUUCUUGAAGAAUUAGGAAAGUACCAUCCCCACAGAUUCUGCAUACUCUUCAGGUACUAUAUAAAGGUGAAGGAAGUCAUGGAAUUAAAAUGACUUAGAAACUCCCCAGGGAACUUGUCAGGCGAAUGAGGUGGUUAGAAGGGUGAGAAUGCACAAAGACAGCUGCUCUGGGUUGGGUAACAACAGCUUGCUUGGUAGAGAGAAGCUACUGUAGGAAAGGAGGCUCCACCAGACGUCUGCAACAGACAAGAUUCUUUCUGCCUUUUUCAAAAGAUGCUCUCUGCAGCAGUAAGACUAUAGGUAGAGUUGAUUGGAAUAAUCAUGUGACCCAGUAUGCUACUGCUAGGCGUAAUUAUCAAAAAUUCAUUUUUCUCAUUAAAUAUUAAUACAGAGAGAAGCUAGAGCUCAUCAGUCUUUUCCUGGUGUCCUAGACCUUCCUCUAAAGCAGUCUUGGGGAGCUUGAGCCUCAGAUCUUUAGCCUAGACAGAGUGUCGCUGGUAAAGAAAGGAGACACAGUUGAAACCCAGAGUGGGCAGUGAUUUGCGUGGGGAGACACAGUGGAUCUGGGGCCUCUGACACUUUGCUUCCUAAAACAGUCCCCGGUUUUUGGCUUGCCCUAUGGGAUGAUUUGCUGUGCUUCCUUGAAACCAGGUGGAAAGAAAGGGGAAGAAUUAAUUUUCUCAUUCUGUUGCUGUUGAACGUAAUGUAAUCUUAAUACUGUAGCCUUCCUAGAAGCCCUUCCCUCUUUUCCAUGCUAUAAAGUCAAAUAUUUGAUACCCUUAGCAUAAAUUUUAAAAAUUAAGGUCAUUAGGAAGCAAAUGUCUAUUUCCAAAGCAAUUAGCUUGUUGUGACUGACUGUGAUUUUAUUCUUCUAUAGUAUUUUUUCCCUCAUUUUAAUUGAGAGAAAAUAAUACUCUUUUGCAAUAUCCUUAGAUUCUCCCCCUCACCCUGGUGCCCCUUCUAGUGUCUUGAGACUUUGUCUUAACAAGUAUAACGUUACAUUUUGUUGUUAAAACCUUUUCGAAACUAUAUUCAGUGAUUCUUCCAAGUUUAUCUGCUCUGCACUAUUUCACUAAUAAAUCCUGGCUACCACGUAGCCCUUGACCUCCAAGUAGUUUACCUAUGCAAGACCUGUGACACUCUGAAUUCACUUCUCUUUCUUUCAGAAACUAGUCAUAAAUGGAGCUUAAUUAUAAAGGUAAAACUUGUCUCCAGCCAGUUUUAUUUUGACCAGUUCCUUUUCAAAAUGUCAGCUGUUUUCUCCAAGAUUUUUCACCAAAACAGUGAUCAUAAGUGCUCAAAAAUAUAAUACUUUGCAGGCAUAAAAUAACCCAGACAUACUCUUAUAUUUCUUUGAUGUAUUUUGGUUGGUAAAACUUACCAGCAUUAAAUGUAAAAUAUAAUGAGGAGUUAAUUCCUUACCUAGUAUCAUUUCUUCCUUCUAAGAUUCAUAAGUAACCAUUUAUUUUUACAAAACUAUGUAUAACUUCCACAUUAUAGUCAGGAACCUGAGGUGUAACUUGCUAAGUGAACCCCAAGGUUAUUUUAUCUUGCAAAAGAAACCUAAACCAAACUAAGGGCCUUACAGUUUACAGUUAGACUGAAUCAAAAGCUAUAACCUCAAUUUUUCCAAAAACAGCUUCUGACUGCAAAAGCAAGUCAUACAGUUGUUAGGUAUGAAAUAGCACUGAUCAGGAAAUGCAUCUUCACAGAUGGGAUUUCCUUCAGAAAAGACUUUUCUACUUUUAAUAGAAAUUAAGCCAUAACAGUUUCAUGCUGUGGAAAGAGGGUGAAAAGGUUCAUUUUAAGAGAUUAUAUAAUAUGAACUUUCACAUUUACUGUGAAAUGUCUAACUUUGCCAGUGCUUCAGCAAGGUUUUUUGGGGGGUGAUGGGGAGGGGUAGUAUUGGUUUUAGGGGUUUCAAAUCUGUGAAAUUUGGAGAGGGGACAGUUGUUGGCUCUGGUAUUUACUAGUUUUGUAGGAACGUUUUGCUAGCCUGACUGACUUUUCUUACUGAUUUUUAUGCCCACGGUCUGAGGGGACUGUUCUCCUUGUUUGGGGUGUCUGCGGAAUAGUGUCUCGUCUGUUUGUAUAGGCAGUCAGUGUGUGUGACGUGUGUCCUUUCAGUCCGGAAGCCCACUGUGUGACAAUGGCAUGGGGUGUGGCUGGGAGGUGGGGUGCUGAAGCUUGAAGAGCAUUUCUUUGCUGAUUCAUAACAGUAUUUCCCAUCUUUUGCCUGCAGGCAGGGAAAGUGUACAGUAUUUAUUUUGUUUCUGUUUUACUUUAAAUUUGUAAGUCUUUAAGUAGCUUACAUUGAUUAUUAUAGGGGAGGACAAGUGACUUGUUUAAAGUUGUAUUUAGUAUUCUUUCCAAUUUCUGUAUUUUAAAAUAUUGAAAUUAAAAUUGUAUUACUUCUGUUUUGAUUUUUUUAGCACUCAGUGUAUUUUUUGCUCAUUUUGUUUGAAAGUAUAAAUGUUGAAACUUGUAUAAAAUGCGUCCUUGAAAGAAAAAGAAUCGGAAUUCUAUAUC